AUGCCACUUCGAGAUACUGAUCAUCUUUCUGGCAGUGGUCACCAUGUGACUGCAGUCUCGGACCAGGAGCACGAUGCCUCGAGAAGUACCAAGCCUACUGACCCUUCAGGCCUUUCACCCACUCAUGCUUCCCAAUCUUGCGAUGUCUGGAAAAAGAUCCAGAGUAUCAAGGACUCCGGUUUUAUUGUUCUCGACGGAUCCGACCUUGAUGUCGCUUCGGUGAUUGCAGUCGCCAAGUAUAACUGCAAUGCUUACGUGGCAAAGAGAGACGAUAUUGCAGACGCCAUGGACAAAAGUGUCGUGCUGCUCGAAGGGUACCUCGCCAAAGGCUACUUUGUAUACGGUGUCAAUACAGGGUUUGGCGGAAGCGCUGAUACGCGAACAAAGGACCUCCCCGCUCUGCAGUCAGCAUUACUGCAGCUCACCCAAGCGGGCAUCUUGAAUGAUGAACCCGAAAAUGGCAGCAUGCCUGUAACCUGGGUCCGAGCAGCAAUGCUGAUUCGCUGCAAUACACUGCUUCGUGGCCACUCAGGUGUCCGUCUGGAGGUCGUUCAAGCCCUCCUUCUCUUACUCCGAAAAGGCAUGACACCUAUCGUUCCGCUGCGGGGGUCAAUCUCUGCAUCUGGUGACUUGAUCCCUCUAUCGUAUAUCGCCGGUUUGCUCGAAGGCAACUCCGACAUUCGCGUCCGCACAACGACCUCGUUUGUUCUCUCCGCUGAUAAGGCCCUUGAGCUCGCUGGCCUAGAGCCAAUUGCCCUUGGGCCCAAAGAAGGUCUUGGUCUGGUCAACGGCACAGCUCCCUCAGCUGCAUUGGGAUGUCUGGCCGUUCACGACACAAACAAGCUCUUGCUGUUAGCUCAGGGCCUCGUAGCAAUGUCAUGCGAGGCGUUACUCGGCAAGGCUGAGAACUACCAUCCUUUUAUUCCUUCUGUUUGUCCUCAUCCCGGACAGAUCGAGUGCUCUGCAACUAUUCGGCACUUCCUCCAGGGAUCUUCACUCCUUCAAUGCCUCAAGGAAGAGGACAAGUUCAGACCUGGUCUUGCUCAGGAUAGAUAUGCCUUGCGAGGAGCUCCACAGUGGCUCGGUCCUCAAAGUGAGGAUGCCUGCUCUGUACUAUCUCAGAUCACUGUGGAACUCAACUCAACUUCCGACAACCCCAUCAUCGAUGUGAAUUCUGGCGAGGUUUACUCCGGCGCCAACUUCAUCUCUAGCUCAGUGGCCAACGGAAUGGAGAAGACACGCCUCGCUCUUCAGAUGGUGGGCAAACUUCUCUUCAGCCUCUCCUCCGAACUCAUCAACCCGACCAUGAACAGAGGUCUUCCUCCGAAUCUCGUCGCCGACGACCCCAGUCUAUCCUUCACUAUGAAGGGUAUCGACAUCAGUAUGGCUGCAUACCUGUCAGAGCUUGGCUUUCUCGCAAAUCCUGUCACUCCUCAUGUCCAGUCUGCAGAGAUGCACAAUCAGUCGAUCAACUCUCUAGCGCUGAUCUCGGGAAGAUAUACUCUUCAAGCUGCUGAAGUUGUCACGCAAAUGUGUGCGGCGCAUCUAUUCGCUGUUUGUCAGGCGUUGGAUCUGCGAGUGCUCCACAUGACGUAUCUCGAAUCGCUCAGAAGCAGCUUGGUCUCUAUAUUGCAGCCGUUCCUUGAUGUAUUUGACGACCAAGUGUCGCAAGGGAUCUAUGAGAGCCUCCAUGAGACUAUCGUAAAAUCCUGGAAUGCCUCGGCGUGCUACGAUGUUGAAGAUCGAUGCAAGGCCCUCUCAAAAGCAACAGUAUCAGUACUCUGGGAUCAUCUGGAGGAGCACGAGAUGCAUCUUGAAUCAACACGGCCGCUUCAAAUGGAUCUGGAGAAGCUGGCUCACUUGACCUUUAUUAAGAUACGGAGCGAGUUCUUUGUCAAGCCUACCACGAAGCAGUUACUCGGCCGCGCUUCUCUGAGAUUAUACUUAUUUGUAAGAGAAGAACUGGGUGUGCCUUUUCAUCAAGGCCUGGUGGAGCAUCCUGGUAGAGGUCCUGGGGCCAAGAUCAAUGGACGAGAGAAACGAACUAUAGGGUCUUGGGUUUCGAUCAUCUAUACCGCCCUGAAUAACGAUCAGGUCUGGGGUCCCUUGGUUGACGCUCUAGGGAGCAAGACGUGCUAA